AUAAGCCAUGCUAUCAAAUGGUAUAUUUGUAUAGGAUAUGAUAUAACAGAAGAAUCUGAUAUUGUAGCUGCUGCAUACAAUUUAUCAGGAAUAUGCUUGGCAAACAUUAAACCUAACCAAAAUCAAGAAAAAAAUAAAAGCUUAGUUGCUAAAAAUAAAGGGGAAAAAAAUUAUAUGUUGAAACUAUUACAAGGAUAUCUAAUUGCUAGUUUGUGUAAUAAUGAACUUUAUCACCCUGAACCAAAAACUUCAACAUAUACUAAACCACAAUCAAA